ACAAGUAGCAGCUGCGUAUUUUUUUCUCCUUUUUUCUUUUCCAUUUGGUGGUUAAAUGCUAGAGCAACCGCAAACGUGUGGAAUUGAGGUUUACUCAGUCAUCAUGGAGGAGGACGGGGGAAGCCCUCUUUUCAAGUACCCAGUAUCUGACUUACUGUUGACAGUCAGUGGUCUGGUGUUCUUUCUCCUGGACGUGGGACUGGCCGCGUGGGCGGUGGUGUCUUUUUAUCAGGAAGAGGACUAUGUGUUCAUGGGACUGCUGGUGUUCCUACUCCUAGGUUCCUCAGCCCUGGUCCAGGCUUUCAGCUGGCUGUGGUACCACUAUGACAAGGACGGGACUGAGACCAGGACUGAGAGCCUUGUGAAGAACCUCUGCUCUCUCAAGAUCCUACAUCUUUUCCAGAUGGGAGUCUACCUCAGAUAUGCUGGUGUGGUGAGGAUCUCGAUAUGUGGCUUCUGCUGUGGAAAGCAUUACAUGGACAGCGAUGCUGUGUAUCUGACCCAUGACCUAAGCCUGCUGCGCCUCAUCGAGGCUUUCUCUGAGAGCACCCCACAGCUUGUCCUCAUGAUCACUAUCAUUGUCCAGAGGGGAGAGGUUGAGCCCAUCACAAUCUUGAAGGCACUUGGUUCAGCAUCUGCCAUCGCCGUCAGUGUGACCAUGUACCACCGUUCCCUGCGCUCCUUCCUCCCUGACAAGGCCAAGCAGGGCUGGUUCUCCUCCGUGGUCUACUUCCUGUGGAACCUGCUCCUUAUUGGUCCACGUGUGGCAGCAGUCGCCCUCUUUGCCUCAGCCUUCCCCUGCUUUAUCACUGCCCACUUCCUGUCUUCCUGGAUGGUUCUCUUUUUCUUCGCCUGGCAACUCAAGACAGACUUCAUGGAUAGCGCCGGUGGAGAAUGGCUCUACCGGGCCACCAUAGGACUCAUCUGGUAUUUCAGCUGGUUCAAUGUGAUAAAGGGGGACACCAGGUGCCAGAGCACCCUCUACCACACCUGGAUAGGAGUGGAUAUUGGUAUGCUUUGUGGUCUUUGGGUGUGGCAGAUGAAGAAGAACCCUCCAUAUUUAGAACUGCCACUAGAUCCCCAUGUCAUCCUUGGCAUUAUGAUCUCAUUCUACCUUGUUGGGCUCGGUCUUAAGGUGAUAUACUACAAGUACAGUCACCCAAAGAUCACACAGCUAAGAGAAGACGAGGGUUGCCUCGAGCCAGAGCCAAGGUCUGAGCCAGAGGAUCUCACCUCAGAUUGCCAUGACGAAGUGGACUCUAGGCUUAUGAGCCAUAGAAUGGGUCCUACAGAAGCAGUCAAAACCUCAUCAGGCCCUCCAGAACCGGUCAUCAGAGUCAAUAAGAGGAUGAGGAACUUAGCUGAUAACUUCUACUCCUGAAUGGAUCAUCAGAGACCUCCUACACAUGGAGAAGGCUGUAUGGGCUUGUUUGACAUUGCAGCCGACACUGCAGUCAGUCUCAAUUAGUCAUUCAGUCACAAUUUACCCACAAUGACUAAAUGAUCUGUCACAUGUGGAGAUGGAAUCCACAUGACAGAUGCCUGUCAGCUCUUCCCACACUGGUGAAAAUACCAAGUUCCUUUAAAAAAAAAUAUUUAAACUUUAUUUUGACAGGGAGUUAUGCUGAGACCAAUGUCUCUUUUACAGAUGAAUCUGGAGGCGAAAGAAAGGCACACCUGUUUAGGCGAGGUGCUGGCUAGCAGGGUUUUUUUGAUGUUGGAACAUCUGUUUAAUGGAAAACUCCAGCUCCCCUAAUCGUGAUAUUUCUACUGAACAUGUAGGUUGCUCACCUGCACAUACUCCAACUCCUUUUAGAAGUAAGAGUUAUUUUGUACAUCCAGCCAAUCGCAAUCACUCUAUUGAGACAUAUUGCAGACUCGUUGAAAAAUAUGUUGGUAAUCUCCUUCAGAACAAAACAGGAGUACAUAUCCUUCCAUAAUUUAAGAGAAUGAAACACAAGCUUUGCUUGAUUUACAAUCCGAUACGUCAGUCCUUACCCGCCCUGCUGAUAAGGGUGGGUCGGUUAUACUCAUGGAUAGUACAGUUUAUGUAAAGGAGUGUCACUGCUUGACAACACCUCUUACAAGAAACUCAGAAGUGACCCCACUUCCUAAUUUCAGAACACUAUCUUUACUGUCCUAGAUGGGUAUUUAAGUUCUGGUCAGAUCACCAAAAAAGAACAUGACUUUUUGGUUAUUCAACACCCUAAAAGUGUCACUUUCUAUACUUUGCCGAAAUUACACAAGAAUGUUACAAAACCAGGACACCAGCAGUAUGAUCUCUAUUAGUGAAUCUCUUGAUCCUCUCCCUGAUAAUACAUUGUUAGUUACUUUUGAUGUUGAGUCGUUAUACAGAAUAUUCCACACGAGGCCGGUAUUGAAGCCAUGGAACAUUUUCUUCUGCAACGUGACCCCAAUAAACUACCUUCCAGUGAAUGCAUUAUAACAUUGGCUGAAAUAGUACUCGCACACAACUACUUCAUAUUUCUAAAUGAUUUCUUUAUUCAGACGAGGGGUACUGCUAUGGGAUCCACUAAGGCUUCUAACUAUGCUCAUUUGUAUGUGGGUUACAUGGAGAAACAGUCCAUUUUCAAUCCUCUCAACAACAAAACAUAUUGUCUAACGUUCUUAUUUGGAAACGGUACAUUGAUAUUUUUGUUCUAUUGAGGGGUGAAGUGAAACAGCUCCAGGCAUUCCAUGCUUCUCUUAACUCUUGUUCUGAGCACCUGAGAUUUACUAUGCAAUCUGACACACGUCAAAUCAGUUUCCUUGAUCUUCUGAUUUUGUUUGAGGAUAAUGUUCUACACACUGAUCUUUACAGGAAACCUACUGAUCGUAACAGUUUCUUGAAAAACAGUUUGCCCUAUAGCCAAUUCUCUCGAAUCAAAAGAAUUUGCAAAAAAACAGACUUCGACAGAAAUAUGUCUGAGACGCAAAGCAAAUUAAAGGAGGGGGUACAAAAAUGGUCAGAUUAAUACUGUCAUUGAAAAUGUCAAAACUAAUCGAGACAUAAACUCUUUCAAGGGUCGCAAAAAUAAGCAUUCUUGCGUUCUAGCUACACGCUAUUCAAAGUGUUCUGAACAAAUUACGGGAAUCUUUCACAAACAUUGGCACAUUCUAUGAUCCGAUGACAGUAUCGGACCCUCACUUGGUCGUAUUCUCGCUGGGCAGAAAUCUCAGAUAAACUGAUUUACCACCCUUACAUAUCCCUGCACAAUGUCUAUUUGCGCCUCUACUGGAUGGAAACUACUAGUGUAAUGGCUGCGCUCAAUGCAAUGGCACUUAAAAAUGUAGAUCAAUCAAACACUCCCAAAUAGGGAAACAGAUCCCUAUCAAAGGUGUUAUCACGUGCUCCACUAAGGCAGUUAUUUAUCUUAUAACUUGUCCAUGUGGUAAAAAGUAUKUGGGUAAAACAAAGCGCGAAUUAAAAGUACAAAUCUCGGAGCAUCGUAGCACCAUUAGGUGCAAAAACUCGAUUUACCCAGUUGCGGCGCACUUUUUGGAAGUGAACCACUCGAUUUCGCCCCAACGUUAUAUCGGCAUCGAACAUGUCACCCUCCCUAGGAGAUGGGGUGACCUCGACAAUUUAUUAUUACAACGAGAGGAUGCCUGGAUCUUUCAUUUAAAGACCCUUGCGCCCUUUGGUCUCAAUUAGACUUUGAUCUGAAACCAUUGUGAUUUUGCUAUGGUAUGCUAUCCAUUCAUGUUUUUUGGGAAUCUGGGAAUUAACCAAUGAUAUCAGGCCACACCCGGCCAUGAUUACAGACACCUGUGUGUGUCCUUAGACACUAAACUAGUGCCCCGUAGUGUUUGUCAUUAUACCCUGAUGAAGACAGCUGUUCUGUCGAAACGUUGGAUAUUAGGUUAUUAUAAACUAGUUG